GCACAAGCACCGUCUUCUUCCCCAGCGGUACCAAUUCUUCCAUCUGAAACGUUCCGAUACAAGAAGUCGGAAAUAUUUGCAUCAGAAGGACGAACGAUUUCGAGAAAUAAUGGUAAAAACAAAGAUCAAGAAAUCGAAACCGAAUAAGCAACCCAAUGAGGAUCGAAAUGUAACUGUAGUUUUGAAGCUGAGGCUUACAGCCAUUUGUAAUACUAAAAAGAACGGGAAGCAAUCUGACAUUUCAGAAUUUAGAGCUCAGCUUGAUGCAUUGGGUUUAAAAGUAAUAGAAGUAACUGCUGACGGGAAUUGCUUUUUCAGAGCUUUGGCAGAUCAGUUGGAGGGUGACGAGGACAAGCAUGAGGCGUACCGGAAGAUGGUGGUGCAUUAUAUCAUGAAAAAUCGUGAAAACUUUGAGCCUUUUAUUGAAGAUGAUGUACCGUUUGAUGAGUACUGUCAAUCCAUGGGAAAGGACGGCACAUGGGCUGGACAUAUGGAGUUACAGGCCGCUUCUCUUGUUACUCACAGUAAUAUAUGCAUACACCGGAAGUCAUCACCUCGCUGGUAUAUAAAGAAUUUUGAUGACCAUGAUGCACAGAUGAUUCAUUUGUCUUACCAUGACUGGGAGCAUUACAAUAGCGUGCGAUUAAAGGAAGACACAUGUAAUGGACCAACCAGGCCAAUCAUAAUUAAGGCCGAUGCUGAUCUUUCAGUGAAGUCCCAUCAAGCAAAUGCUGCUGUUGCCAAGGCCAAAAGCAGUUCUGGUAAGACUGAUAUCCCGCCAGAAUCAAUUAAAACUGUCAAGAUUGGAAGUGGAUGUGAAGACGACGAAAAAAUUCAACAGGUAUUAUUACAAGUGGAUGGAGAUGUAGAUGCUGCAAUAGAGUUUAUCAUAGCAGACCAAGGAACUGAAGAAUACUUGGUUGAAAACGAUAGAGUUACUUUUCCAGUGGACACUUCUCAUGAGCAUUCUAGUAACAACCACCUUGAGAAGAGUGAGCAGUGCAGUGAGAAGAUUGACAACAAAACUAUCAAGGAGAAACACGCGUGCAGCAACUCUGAAAGAGGAAAUGAUAAGACCAACUCAUUACCUGAUGAAAAGAAAAUACCCAGAAACAAGGCUUGUCCAUGUGGUUCAAAGAAGAAAUACAAGUCUUGUUGUGGUACAGCUGCAGGAAGAUUAUCUACUGUUGCAGUCUACAACACGGUUGACUAUGGAAAGAGUAGAAAAGAUAAGAAGCAGGGCAAGAAAGGUGGAUCAACAAAUUCGACAGUUUCACAUGGUUCUGAUGGAGGUUCUCCUGAUAUGGGCGCACUUUGUAUAUGAACAUCCUCCUCGGGUAUCAGCUGAUAAUAGUUUAGCUUAUCAGGUUAGAUCUCAAGAGGUUUCAGUCAUCAAAUUCCAUUCCCAGAAGUAAGCUUUUUCCCGUCUCCUUAAGAUCCAUAAUCCAGAUUCUGUACCCUGUAUAAUCAACCAAAUUGGUCUUAAUCUGAAAUGCAUAAUGUUUUGACCAAAUACAAAUUUUGUUACAUUCUUAAAGAUGUAUUUGUUUAAAAGUUGCUAUGAUUUUUGCUUCCUGAAUCCAGGCUUGCGCAUCUCUUAGGCCGAGAAGCGUAACUAACUGACAACUUCUUAUGAUUGGCUGGGCUGGUGGGACCCAUGGUGGUCUAAAUUGUGUAGGACAGGUCCGUGAGUCGAACUUCAUUUCAAACUGAUGAUGUAUUUCCAGCAACACUAGUACCCUUUUUGUGCUUUUGCAUUGCCAUCAAAGGAAUGCAGAAGUACUUUCGACUCGUGGACCUGCCCAGCCCCAAUUUUGACCCGUGAACCUUCAUGGGUCCUAGUAGUGCCACCACUCAUGAGAGGGUUCUUAAUUACUUACGCUACUCGGCCUAAGAGAUGUACAAGCACAGAUCUUUACGGAUCUGGACCCAGGUCUUCUAUCCCCGUUUUCAGUAAGCAAAAUAAUGCCUUGUAAAAUCGUAAUAAUAAGUCUGAGUAUUUGUGUAUAAAUAUUUAUAUCUGUAAAAAAACAUCGAUAAAAAUAUCCACAUAGAAAUAACUUUGUUUUCCUUCCCAUAUGGGAACUCGUUAAUCAAAAUAUUUGUUGUUGAAACCAUGAAUUAGAACUUCUCAAUUGAAGUACAUAUUGAUCAAAUUCAUGUCAAAUAUUUAACUAAAUGAGGAUUUAGAAUGAAGCAAAAUGAAAAUUGUAGACCAAUAUAACAAAAUCAAUCUUUCAAUUGUAUUCCAACAACUACCAUUUUAAAUUUGUA